UUUGCGUAAAUCACUUCCUAAACUAUCCAAGAAUAUGUUGCCAAAAUUUCAGACCACGGGUCGGGAGUGCGGGGGCGGGGGGGAUGUACGCAAAACUGCAAUGUACUUUUCCCACCCUUACCAACCCUUUCCAAAAUGAUAUCAUGCGGUCAUAAAAUAAACAAUUCGACCCCCAUAUACACAUUUAAAUUUCUACCCAAUUUCUCCACCCUCAUCACAUAAUUUCCAAGCCGACCGACGGGGUGAAAAAAAAUGUCUCUACAGGGAUGGGUAAAUCGACUCAGGGGGUGAUUCUGAGUCGAUCUGUACCUAUAAAUUUUGACCUCAUUUUUCCACCCUCACUACCCCUUUACCAAGAUGCCCGACGGGGUGAAAAAAAAUGUCUCCACAGGGGUGGGUCAAUCGACUCAGGGGGUGAUUCUGAGUCGAUCUGUACCUAUAAAAAUCCACCCCAUUUUUUUAUCCUUACUCACCUGUAGAAAUAUUUUUUAAUCACCCCGUCGGCCACCUUGGAAAUGGGGUAGUGAGGAUGGAAAAAUGGGGUAGAUUUUUAUAGGUACAGAUCGACUCAGAAUGACCCCCUGAGUCGAUUUACCCACCCCUGAAGAGACAUUUUUUUUCACCCCGUCGAGCAUCUUGGUAAAGGGGUAGUGAGGGUGGAAAAAUGGUGUCAAAAUGUAUAGGUAAAGAUCGACUCAGAAUCACCCCCUGAGUCGAUUUACCCACCCCUGAAGAGACAUUUUUUUUCACCCCGUCGAGCAUCGUGGUAAAGGGGUAGUGAGGGUGGAAAAAUGGGGUCAAAAUUUAUAGGUACAGAUCGGCUCAGAAUCACCCCCUGAGUCGAUUUACCCACCCCUGUAGAGACAUUUUUUUUCACCCCGUCGGGCAUCUUGGUAAAGGGGUAGUGAGGGUGGAAAAAUGGGGUCGAAAUUUAUAUGUGCAUAUGGGGGUCGAAUUUUUUAUUUUAUGACCGCAUGACAUCAUUGUGGAAAGGGUUGGUAAGGGUGGGUAGUACAUUGCAGUUUUGCGUACAUCCCCCCCCCCGCUCCCGCCCCGUGGUCUGGCUAUAAACCCCCAUUCAACCUCCGCGGCAUACCCCAUGGAAUUUUCAAGUGAAAAAAAAAAGAAAAAAUUUUUAGGUGCCCUCCAAAACUCCUUCUUUGAUGUCGCCCUGAUUUCCAGCGAAUGCCGUAGUUACCGACAGGGCAUCGCGUGAGAUCAAGUUUCUGGGUUUGACCGCGAAGUGGGAGGGCGUAAAGUCGCCAAUUGUAAAAAAAUUCCCUCCAUCCGGGCCUUAAUAUUUGACAUUCACACAUUCUAAUCUGUUAACUCCAACUAAUUUUAACAGAUGGCGAUAUCUAUUGACUGGGUCGAGUAAGUAAUCAAUAGAUGGCGCUGCUAUGUGAAACCUACAAACGUAUCACGUUGUUUGUUCGCGAACUACUUCACCGAUUUUAAUGAAAUUUGCAUACCGUGUGCAGUUUAAUUCAACUUAAAAGGUAGAAGAGCUUACAUCUUUAUUUAUAGUCGCAAUAUUAUUUUAUUGCAAAUCAUUUGUCUAAUAUUUGACAUUCACACAUUCUAAUCUGUUAACUCCACAUGAUUUUAACAGAUGGCAAUAUCUAUUGACUGGGUUGAGUAAGUACUCAAUAGAUGGCGCUGCUAUGUGAAACGUACAAACGUGUCACGUUGUUUGUCCGCGAACUACUUCACCGAUUUUAAUGAAAUUUGCAUACCGUGUGCAGUUUAAUUCAACUUAAAAGGUAGAAUAGCUUACACCUUUAUUUAUAGUCGCAAUAUUAUUUUAUGGCACAUUAUUUGUCUAAUAUUUGACAUUCACACAUUCUAAUCAGUUAACUCCAAAUGAUUUUAACAGAUGGCGAUAUCUAUUGACUGGGUUGAGUAAGUAAUCAAUAGAUGGCGCCGAUAUGUGGAAUCUACAAACGUGUACUAUAACCUACAAUUCAAUAACAUAACCACCACGUGUUGUUCAGGCUAAAAUAUAAGUUGAAUAUAUUUUGUACGAACGUAACGAAAACGAAAUACCGUGAAAUUCAAUUGUUUUUACUGUAAAAUUUUUGGUGUUAGCUUAACCGGCCACGUGUUACUUAAACUGAAGUGUAAAUUAAAUUUAUAUUAUAGUGAAGAUAAUAGUAAAGCUCAAAACUCUUCAAUUACAAUAUAUACAUGUAAGUAUUAUCACAUAUUUAUAAAAGUCAAAUGAUGUAUCCAUGAGAAAAUGCUACAAAGCUCCCCACACGUUUUCUAGAAUUGUACAAUUUUUUUUUCAUCAUUUUUAUUUAACCCUUAUUAACUAAUAUUUUGCACUUCUCAUUUCAUUGUACUUUAAUAGCAUGUUUUUCUGUUUUUUUCUCAUAUUGAAACGUUAACAUUAUUAUUUCAGUAAUAUGCCACCGAAAAAAUGUAAUCUAAACAACGUGAGGAGCAGAGAGGCACAACGCAAACGUGUUGCAAGAGCGCAUGAAUCGGCAGAACAAAUCGCUACAAGAAAUUCAGCUCAAAGAAUCAGGGCGGCAGAGAGUCGUGCACAAGAACCUCAAGAACAGCGUGACGAACGUUUGCGACAGAAUAUUACGAGAACAAGAGCGGCCCGAGAACGAAACAUAGCUAUAGCACGAGUACACGAACGACAUAGGCAGCGGAUUAGCUGUUCAUUAAUAUGUACAUCAUUUGUUCGUCUUGCUUUUGAAUAUGCGCCAGAUAUUAACUACUCUGCACAUUCCAAAAUUACUAUCGGUGGAAUGGAUAAAGUAUGUCAAUAUUGUCAGGCAUUGAAAUUUCGGAAUGAAACACCCGGCAUGUGCUGCGCAUCAGGAAAAGUUGUGCAAUCACCUCUUCCCACUCCUCCGGAACAUUUAUUAUCCGUUCUUGCUGGCGAUUCCGAUGAUUCAAAAUUAUUUUUGCGUAAGAUACGCAAAUUUAAUUCUUGCUUCCAAAUGACGUCAUUUGGCGCAACUAAAAUCUGCGAUUUCGCGUCUGAUCGACGUAAUUUUGAAACUACAUUCAAAAUACAAGGCCAGGUGUACCAUAAAAUCGGAUCAUUGAUGCCCAUGCCUGAUAAUAAUCCGAAAUUUCUUCAAAUUUAUUUUAUGGGCAAUUGUGAAGAGCGCGUGACGACUCGGUGCCAGUAUAAUUUCAUUGAACAAGCAGAGGAAAGAGCAAUUGUGAUAUUGCUGGAAACCUUUUUAGAAGAUCAGAAUCAACUAAUUCGAUUGAUUAAAAGAGUUUCGCCACGACUGCAAAAUGACAACUAUUAAAUCGUGAUCAAAGCCGACAAAGUACCAUUAGGUGAACAUGCUGGUAGAUUCAACGCUCCAACUGUUGAUGAUGUUGCCAUUAUUAUGGUCGGUGAUCCAGUUGACAAAAGAGCUAUAAAAAUUACACGGCGAGACAACACUGUCAGUACCGUUUCGGAUCUACACCGUUCAUAUGACGCACUGCAAUAUCCAUUAAUAUUUUGGCAAGGACAGGAUGAAUAUCACCUUAAAAUCAACCAGUGUGAUCCAAAUAGAGGUGCUUAUGGAAAUAAAAAAGUUAGUUCAAUGAACUACUACGCACACCGAAUAAUGGUUAGACUAAAUCAGGACAACUAUAUCCUACGAUUUCGUCAGCUAUUUCAUCAAUACAUUGUUGAUAUGUUUGCUGAGGUUGGAAGCGAACGCCUGCGAUUCAUUCGAUACAACCAGGCUAAAUUACGAUCGGAAGAAUAUGUUCACUUACGAGAUGCUGUUGCUGGAAACAUCGACGGAAAUUUGAAUCCCAAUGACAUCGGUAAGUCUUUCAUUUUCCCUUCAAGCUACAUCGGCAGACCACGGAAUAUGCAGGAAUACAUACAAGAUGCCAUGACUUACGUACGUCAUUACGGCCGACCGGAUUUGUUUAUUACAUUCACGUGUAAUCCGAAUUGGCAAGAGAUACAAACUUUACUAUUACCAGGACAACAAGCAAUUCAUCGUCAUGAUAUAACUACACGUGUGUUCAAACAAAAAUUGAAAUCCUUAAUUGAUUUUAUUGUUAAAUAUUCAGUUUUUGGUAUCACACGUUGUUGGCUGUAUACGGUUGAAUGGCAAAAGCGAGGAUUGCCUCAUGCUCACAUUUUAAUUUGGCUUCAAGUUAAAAUCCGUCCAGAAGAAAUUGAUCAAAUAAUUUCAGCCGCAAAAAAAUAAAUAAAUAAAUAAAUAAAUAAAUAAAUAAAUAAAUAAAUAAAUAAAUAAAUAAAUAAAUAAAUAAAUAAAUAAAUAAAUAAAUAAAUAAAUAAAUAA